AUGGCUAGUUCCGCUGUUUCUUCACCCACAUCCUCUAUCAAGCAAAGACGCUAUCGUUUUGCCACUGAAGUGGUCACCGUCGACAAUCCCGACGAUCCCCACAAUGCUGCUUCGGUCCCCAUUUACCAGUCUGCAACAUUCAAGCAAGUAGGAGCCGGUGGUGGUGGCGAUUACGACUAUUCUCGUAGUGGCAACCCUACACGUACUCAACUUGAGAACCACUUGGCCAAGAUCAUGAAUGCCAAACGGGCGUAUGCUGUAUCCAGUGGCAUGAGCGCACUUGAUGUUAUUUCACGUCUUGUUCAAUCCGGUGAUGAGAUUAUUGCUGGUGAUGAUUUAUACGGUGGCACCAAUCGAUUGUUGUCGUAUCUCGCAAAGACCCAAAACAUAAAGACACAUCAUGUUGACACAACCAAGGCUGAAUCCGUAUUGCCCUAUCUGGAUCCAGUCAAGACGAAAUUGGUGCUUCUCGAGACGCCCACCAACCCCUUGAUCAAGAUUUGUGAUAUCAGUGCCAUUGCAAAGCAUGUCCAUGAAAAGUGUCCUGAAGCAUUGGUCGUGGUCGAUAAUACAAUGAUGAGCCCUUAUUUGCAAUGUACUUUGGAUCUUGGUGCAGACAUUGAAUAUCAUUCCGGUACAAAGUACUUGGCAGGUCAUCAUGAUUUGAUGGCUGGUGUCAUUGGUACUCGCAGUGAAGCCAUUGCUGACCGCAUUUACUAUGUGAUUAACGCCACGGGUUGUGGUCUGGGCCCCUUUGAUUCUUGGUUACUCCUUCGUGGUGUUAAGACGCUUGCUGUACGCAUGGAUCGUCAACAAUCGAAUGCUAUUCAAGUCGUUGAUUUCCUUGAACAAUGUGGCUUCAAGGUCAACUAUCCUGGAUCACGCAAGCACCCUCAAUACGAAUUGCACAAGCGUAUGUCAAGUGGCCCUGGCGCCGUACUUUCUUUCGAAACAGGUGACAUUGGACUUUCCGAACGAAUUGUAGAGGCUGCAAAGUUGUGGAGUAUCAGUGUAUCAUUUGGAUGUGUCAACUCUUUGAUCAGUAUGCCAUGCAGAAUGUCUCACGCCUCCAUCCCUGCUCAUGUUCGUGCUGAACGUGCUUUCCCCGAAGACCUUAUCCGAUUGUGUGUUGGCAUUGAAGACGUUGAAGAUUUAUUGGAUGAUCUUAAGCAAGCCAUCCGAAGUGCUGGUGCCAUGCCCGAGCACCUUGACGUGUAG